AGGAGAGGACGGAGCGGAGGGCAGGUCCAGCAGGGCGCGGUCUCCUUCUUCUUCUUCUUCUCAUCUUGUAUACUGUAGUAGGAUCUCUUCCAUUUCCAUUUCUGCCAACAGCCCUGCUGCGCCACAGGGACGCAUUGAGAACAAACCCGAGAGGCAGAAACCGCUGCGGGGACACCCUUUGACCGCCGUGCCCAAAAGGCGCAGCCAGCCUACGCUCUGUCUGAAGCCCGUUUCUCACAGCUCCGACACAGAGAGGCAGCUUUGAACCUGCCUGCCAAGAUAAACUCACCUCGCCUAUUUAUGCCCCUGCCUCUGUGUGUGCACUCGGGACAGGAGACAGGAGAGUGUCAGCCGGUCUCAGAGAGGUUCAGGUUCGGCUCGUUCCAGCUUCUUCGUCUCCAAAAAAAAAACAAAAAAACGGCGCAUUUUGGCCACUUUUACGCACGGGGAAUGGCGACUUUUUGGGGACUCUUGGAUGAGUCCUGCUCCGUUACCUCCACUCUAAAAUUAUAAAGGGAGGAGGCACAUUGAAGAUAUACAGUGGUGACAUUUUUGGCCACCCGCCCGGGGGUUACACACCGGCCCCGGGGUGGAAUGCGGCUCCCGGCUCUGGUGACGUGCCUCGCCGGGUGCGCCUUUCUCCUCUCCCCGGUGAGCGAGGGCUGCGGGCCGGGUAGAGGAUAUGGCAAGAGGCGGUCACCGAGGAAGCUGGCACCACUCGCCUACAAGCAGUUCAGCCCCAACGUGGCCGAGAAGACUUUAGGAGCCAGCGGGAGAUACGAAGGGAAAAUAACCCGGAACUCUGAGCGCUUCAAGGAGCUCACCCCAAACUACAACCCCGACAUCAUCUUCAAGGAUGAGGAGAACACAGGUGCAGACCGCAUGAUGACACAGCGCUGCAAAGACAAGCUGAACUCUCUGGCCAUCUCGGUGAUGAACCUGUGGCCCGGGGUCCGACUGCGGGUCACGGAGGGCUGGGACGAGGACGGCCACCACUCGGAGGAGUCGCUGCACUACGAGGGCCGAGCGGUGGACAUCACCACGUCGGACCGGGACAGGAACAAGUACGCCAUGCUGGCUCGGCUGGCGGUGGAAGCCGGGUUCGACUGGGUUUACUACGAGUCCAAAGCUCACAUCCACUGCAGCGUCAAGUCAGAUCACUCAGUGGCGGCAAAGUCAGGAGGUUGUUUCCCCGGCGACGCGUCGGUCAGCCUGCCGGACGGCCAUCGGAAGCUCGUCCGCGACCUCCGACCCGGCGAGCGCGUCCUGACGUCGUCUGGCGGCGACGGCGGCGGCACGCUCGUCUACAGCGAGGUCAUCACCUUCCUGGACCGCGAUCCUUCGACCCUAACCCUCUUCUACACCCUCCACACUGAAUCCGGCGCCGUCCUCUCGCUGACCGCCGCCCACCUCCUGUUCGCGUCCGAGGGGAACUGCUCGGAGGGGGCGGUGCCGGCCCGCGGCGCCCUGAGGACUGUGUACGCCAGCGACGCCCGGCCGGGUCAGUGUGUGCUGGUGGUGGAGGGCGAAGGGGGGCGGAGCCACGGCGAGGGGCGGAGCCACAGCGAGGGGCGGCUCUCUCACAUCACCCGGGUAACGGCGAGGCAGAGCAGGGGCGCGUUUGCACCUUUAACGGAGCGGGGGACGCUGGUGGUGGACGGCGUGGUGGCGUCCUGCUACGCGGUGGUGGACCAGCACUCCUUGGCUCACUGGGCGCUGUCUCCGCUCAGGGUGCUGCACAGCUGGACCGGCGCCGCCACGCACCCGGGGGACGGCGUCCACUGGUACUCGCGGCUUUUACACUGGCUGGGGGGGCUGUUGCUGGAGUCGGGACGCCUCCACCCGCUGGGCGUUGCUCAGGGCGACAGGUGAGAGACGGAGAGACUCACCCCCUCUCACCUUGUGACGAUGUGGGAUGUAAACCCCCCCCCCCUCCCCCCCACCCCGAAUUUGGGUUGCUGCUAAGGCCUCAUGGGAGUUUUUUUAACUGGAAAAAAAAGGGAAGAAGAAGAAGAAGCUGUGAACUGACACAGACGAAUCCUCCCGAAACACAAAGCUGAGCACAAAGAGACUUUUUUUAUAAACACGUGUAUCCUUAAAACAUUAUGAAACAAAAACCCCUUAAAAUAUCCAUUAAUUACUCCUAAAAACACCUUAAUCUUAUAUCAAGGUGUUUAAUUAACUUAAUUACGUCCUCAUUCUAAGAAAAAAACACCCUUAAUUUUCCCCUUAAUUGACACACAAAUGAAGUUUAAGGUUAAAUUAUUUAACAUUUUUAAGGGAUUCUUAUUCAGUAUUAAGGUGUUUAACAUGUUGACUCAUGUUUGGUGUUAAUUAGAAGAUAAAUAAUCAUAUUAUAAGCAAUUUAGGGGUUUUUAAUGGGUUUUCUUCAUUGCUUUAAGGUGGUUAAAUAAAACACUUAAUAAAAUAACAUGAAAGCAAUCAGUGAAAUUUCACCAUAAGCAAAAUAAUUAAGGCACUUUUUAAGUAUAAAAUAAAGGAUUGCUUUCAUGUUAUUUAGUCAGAAAAGCCUCGAAACUGUGCAGAUAAUCCGUUAAUUUCCCUUUAAAACACCUGAAUACUGAAUAACUUAUUUAAUUUAAUAAAUAUCAUUAUUUUGCAACUUUUCGAAUACUUAAAAUGUGUAAAUUAAGGGGAAAUAACUUCUAAAUCACAACACAUUAAUUUAUCUAUAAUUAUAACAUAAACACUAUUAAAAUGAUAAAUUAAUGGUAUUUUAAGGGAUUGUGUGUCAUAGUGCAGCAGGUGCCUGAGUUGUAUAUUGUGUAACUUUUACUGCUUUAAUACAGAAAAAUCUUUUAGGACGAAUGAUAGCGUUUAUAUUUAAGUGUUGUUUGUUUACAGAAAUCCAAAUAAUAAUAUCUAUGAAGUUAUUGUGGGUGAAGAGAUAUGAAAAGAUCUAUUUUUUAAAUUAAAUUAUACAGAAAUGA